AUGUCCAAUUCCAUUCAUUCCGACCAUUCUAAGGAACAUUCCUUAGACACUGAUGAACCAGUCAACAGAAUCCAAACUACCGGUGACGGUAACGAAUUUGUUGUCAUUGGUAACCACAAGUAUUACAGACAUGAAUUAAUGUCUGCUUUUGGUGGUACUUUAAACCCUGGUUUAUCUCCAAGGCCAGUCCAUCAAUUUGCUAACCCAGCUCCAUUAGGUUUAUGUGCUUUUGCUUUAACUACUUUCGUAUUGAGUUCUUAUAAUGCUCGUGUCGGCGGUAUUACUAUUCCACGUGCUGUUCUUGGUUUAGCUGCUUUCUAUGGUGGUUUAGUUCAAUUCCUUGCUGGUGUUUGGGAAAUGGCUAUCGGUAACACUUUUGGUGCUACUGCUUUAACUUCAUAUGGUGCUUUCUGGUUAGCUUACAAUGCUCUUUUGGUUCCAGCUUUCGGUGUUGAAGCUGCUUAUGAAGGUAGUGGCCAAUGGGCAACUGCCGUUGCUUUCUUCUUAACUGGUUGGGCUAUCUUUACCUUUAUCUUGACAUUAUUGACUUUGAAAUCUACCGUUUUCUUCUGUGCUUUGUUCAGUUGUUUGACCCUUACUUUCGUCUUAUUAGCUAUUGGUGACUUUAUUGGAAGUGUUGCUACUACCAGGGCUGGUGGUGUUGUUGGUAUCAUUACUGCAUUCUUAGGUUUCUACAAUGCUUAUGCAGGUACUGCUACUCCAACUAACUCUUACUUUGGUGCUAAGGUUAUUCCUUUACCUAACUAG